GGGGCGGCGCGCCUCUCCACGCGGGAGUGCACACAAAAGGAAGCCAGGCGCGGGACUGUGUUGCGGGGAAGCUAAUGAAGUCUGGCUUUGCAACCUGAAGUCGCCCAGGGGCGGGUAGAGGGGCCUGAAGACAGAAAGAUAACUUCCACUGAGUCUGGGAGUUUUCAGUUUGGGAGGCUUUCUUUGGGCACUUUUCAGAGACUACAAAAUCGAGUUUCACCCAGUGAAGAGCAAACAGCUUUCAGCAAACAGCUUUUCAGCAAACUUCUCAGGGACUGAAAUAACUCUCAAGUUUUCACUGAGUGCGCAUGGAGCUUUGUAAACGUUUUAAGGCAUUUGGCUUAGUUUGGAGAUUUAGGGGGAAAUGCAACCAGUCUCCAGACAUUGCAGAAGUUUGGUUGAGUCUCAUUCUGGUUUGGGGGGCGGGGUAGUGGGUGCCAAGAACUCUGUGUCAGCAGCUCAGGAGCCCUUCAAUCCUCCUCCUGCACGAUUUGUGCCUUGCCCCCAGCCUGGGGGCUCUGGCAGAGCCAGUGUGUCCCAGGGACUCCCUGAAGCUGGAUCAGAGAGGGACUGUCCGGAGACUGUGGCUGGCCCUCAUGAGAGCAUUGUGUCCCCAACAGCUGCACUGCCUGCACAGCCUGGAAAUGCUGGGCAGGAGCGGGGACCAGGCAGGUCUGGGGACCAGGAGGAAAAGAGGGUGCCUGCACACCACCGACCUCGGCGCUGCACGUGCUUCACUUAUAAGGACAAGGAGUGUGUCUACUACUGCCACCUGGACAUCAUCUGGAUCAACACUCCUGAACAGACUGUGCCCUAUGGACUGUCCAACCACAGAGGAAGCCUCCGGGGAAAGAGGUCCUCGGGGCCAGUUCCAGAAAGUUCCCAGUCUUCUCCACAGACACGCUUACGUUGUGCCUGUGCAGGGGUGGAUGACAAGGCCUGCGCAUACUUCUGUGCACACGUCACCAGUUAUUCCAGGAGAGCAGAAAAGGCAGCUGCAGAAGAGAAGCAGGAGACUGGAGGUCCACGUCAAAGGCUGAAGUCAAGGACAGAUAAAGUCCACCAGCCUUAGCUGGCUUUAUCGGACCACAACUGAUGCUUCUUGCUUCCUGCGGUGGAUUUCCCCCGGCUCUCCCUGCCUGCCCACUCUCUUCCAGGAAAGAGCAUUCGGGUUUGUGCUUACAGAGUUGAAUUUCCACCUCUUUGGGGACAAGGCGGAGAAUUGGCCUGAGGCAAAAAUGAAAGAAAGAAAAAGACCCAUCCAAAGAACCCCUGCUUACCCAUACACCCCUUCUCCAAGAAAGCCCAACUGCAAAAGACCCCAGCUUCCCUAAUGGGUAAAAUGAUCCCACAUGUGCCCUGGGAGCCAGAUGCCUGUGGCUCCAGUUUCACAGGGAAAUCGUUUGAGAGGUAUGUUAAGUCAGAAAGCCACUUACUGGCUUUUGACACGACUCCUCUCGGAGAGUAAGUGGACACCGGGCUGGCUCUUCCCGAAAGUAAACACUCAUCUAUCUCCUUGAAGAUUCAGAACACCGGUGUGGCCAGAGCAGGCCUUCUUCUGCAGUCUGUGCAAGUUAUCGAGGCCUCUGUCCGCUUGAGACCUGGGUCCUAGUUGGACACUACUCUAUGGAUUUGCAGUUCCCAGGACUUAGAAACCUUCGGUUGCACUUAGUGCUCACGAGAAGAGCGUCUCUCAAAAGCCAAAAGGAAAAGAAAACACGAGACCUCGGCGUUCAUGAGAUGAAAAAGACAGAAAUCAAAACAGUAACAACAACAACAAAACCCCACAUUCUGGAUGGUUUUGAACUCUAGGGCACUCAGCAAAGAGCUGGGGGUUCUGCAAUGCCCUCUAAGGCAGAACUCCCAACCCUGGCUUGUGGUAAGUUGCUCUGAGCGACAGCUCCAGCUCAAAGCUACUAUCCAGAUAUCUGCUUUCAUGAAUAAAUGUGCGUCUUCCAGAAGUGGCUUCAAAGUAAAGCCAACAGCACAAACUCUUUGUAUAUUAUGUAAAUUCAUGUUUGACUAUAUACAAUUGGCAACAACUGAGAACCGUAACCUUUGUUCAAAAUCUCUUUUAGCUGAGCUCUCUGUGUAGAUGAUGAGUAUGGAGGUGGAGGUGGAGUCAGACUGUGAGUUCCCGUGUAGACGCCGCUCUGCAGACCCAGCUGGGACAGUCUGCUCACCUCCCCACCGGGCCUCACAGCCGUGAGAGCCUGUCUUUGGGCGUGUUCCAAGGGCACCACGCGGAGACACUUUAGCUGUUGUGUGAAGUGGGACCUUAACCAGAUGGUAAAGUUCAGAGGACCGACUCCUAAAUUAUUACAGGUGUGAACCUGCCUGCUUAUUGGGGGGUGUGUGUGAGAGUGAUGGUUUGCUGGGGGGCGGGGUAGGGGGAGGAUGUAUAGUUAAGAGAAGUAAUUAUUUAUUGGGGAACUAUUUUCUACUUAACUCCUUUAUGGGAUCUAUUAAAAGUAAAAGCACUGUAGAUAGGUAGACAGACAGAAAAAUAGAUUCUAAAAUUGUGUUAAAAAAAACAAAAACCCAAACUCAUAUUUCUAAGUGGCUAGAACUCGUUUAGAUCUCAUAAGCACUAUUCAGCACAGUGGCCAGAUUGUAUCUCAAAGACAAAUCCACUCACUGAGAGAACACUCGGGAGAUAAGUCAAAUGCACAGUAAAAGAAAAAUCUAAGUUUUCUCUGGUUUGCGGGCUUUUCCUUCAACACAUAGUUGCACAUUCGCUCCUCAUAGGCCUCUGGAGAGGACAGGAGGGAGUCAGAGUUCUGGAAGUAGGAUUCAUCCAGAGAGGAAGGUAUAGAUCGAGGGGGGCAGGCAGCUAUUGAAA